AUGUAUACGAGAGACAAUAUAAACUUAGAUAUUAUCAAAAGAAAUUGCCAAGAAAAAAAUGUCGCCAAUGAAGCAAACAAUUGUGUUUUACUCACCACUGGCUCUUUAAAUCCAAUUCAUCGUUCGCAUCUGAAAAAUCUUUCAUUAGUUAAAGCAUAUCUUGAAAAACAUAAAGACCGACCGUUAAAUGUGCUAGCUGCUUAUUUAUCACCGUCACACGAUUCAUACGUUCGACACAAAUUGGGUGAAACGGAUUGGAUUCCUGGCGCAGAACGAAGUGAUCUUUGCCACUACGCUAUUAAUCAUGAUAAAUUAGAAGACUUUGUGUCUGUUUCAAAAGCUGAACUCGAAUGCCGAGGUUUUGUUGAUUUCGAUCAAGUGACCAUUGAGCUCGAGAGAUUCCUUAAUCGCGAACUGCAUGAAUCCCAAUCAAUUCUUUCUCAUCCGCUGAAAGUUGUUUAUGUCUGCGGACUGGAUCAUUUUAAUAAAUGUCCUUACGUGGAAACAUUAGCUGCGGCAAAGAACGUUGCUUGUGCUAUCAUUUAUCGUCUCGGUGCUUCGGACAAUCGUAUUCAACGUUUACAAGAACGCAAUUCCAAAGUUUAUUAUAUUACAUUGGACGACGAACGUGAGACCCUUGUUGAUAUAAGUUCUACGGAAAUUCGGAAACGAUAUCGAGACAGUUUCCAACAAACAGAUGCGGAUGAGAUCACGUAUCCAUUUGUACAGGAAUAUUUGACAAAAAAAUAUCAAAAACGCUAA